GUGUUGUUGGUGUAAAUCUGUUAACCUCAAAAUCCCGAGUAGCUCCAAUUCAACAUUCAACAAUCCCUCGGAUAGAGCUGUGUGGAGCCUUACUUGUAGCAGAGCUGAUAUCUGAGGUUAAAACUGAGUUGAAGUUAUUAAAUAUUAUUAUAGCACCCUCUGACGUCUACCUAUGGACUGAUUCCACUAUUGUUAUUUCUUGGAUUCGAAGCAAGAGUCUGUUUCAAGUUUAUGUCUCAAACAGAUUGGCUCGUAUCCUCGACUUAACCACGUCCAACCAAUGGUUUCAUGUACCCACUAAUCAUAACCCCGCUGAUCUCAUAACAAGAGGUCUAGAUGCUGGCUCAAUUUCCUCAUCGCAGCUAUGGUGGUCUGGACCUACCUGGUUAAGUGAUGAACAUACCAUGUGGCCCAGCGUUCCAACUUUGCCAUCAGAACUUCCUGAGCUUAGACCUGUAAAAUUAAUAUUAACUACCGUGCAAACAUCUCUAGCUUGGAUAUCAAACACCUAUUCAAAUUGGAUGAAACUGUUGAGAAUAACAGUUCUAGUACAGCGAUUCACUGUCAAUUGUUCUCCUGUGUCCAGGGGACGAAAACAAAAGUUAGUUGGCUUCAUUCGUAGCGAAGAACUUCAAUGGGCAAAGCAUUUUUGGUUGUUGAAAACUCAAGCUGAAGCCUUCUCUGAUGAAAUUGCUGCUCUUAAAGCCAGUAAAUUGGUCCCACGUCAUAGCUGCCUCAAGCAGCUGAACCCUUUCAUUGAUAAACUUGGUCUGAUUCGUGUGGGUGGUCGUCUCGCCAAUGCCCCCAUUGCAGAUUCAAAAAAAUUUCCAAUUGUACUUCCUUGCAAAGGUAAAAUCACACAGUUAUUAUUUGAAUACGAGCAUUGCAAGUUAUUGCACAUAGGACCACAGUCAUUGUUGGCGCAUAUGAACAAUGAAUUUUGGCCAAUCCGAGGGAGAAGUAUAGCAAAACAAACAGUAUCCCGGUGUAUACAAUGUUUCCGUUCCAGGCCCAAAUUCAUCCCACCGUUUAUGGCACCCCUUCCACGAGAACGUGUGACUAUCAAACGACCGUUUUCAAAUGUGGGAGUAGACUAUUGUGGACCAUUCACCAUUCGAAGUGGUUUGCGAAGAGUGUCAUCAACGAAGGGUUAUAUUUGUGUGUUUGUGUGUUUAGUCACCAGGGCUGUUCAUUUGGAAUUGGUAUCUUCCCUCACAACUGCUGAUUUCUUAGCAACAUUAUCCAGAUUCAUGUCAAGGCGUGGCCAAGUUCUUAAUAUAUAUAGUGAUAAUGGCACUAAUUUUGUGGGUGCUGAUAGUGAGUUACAAAGGAAGAUUCGAGAAUUCAACAAAGAAACCAAAAUUCAUGAAUUUUUGGCAGUCAAAGGCAUUACUUGGCAUUUCAUUCCCCCAUCGUCGCCACAUUUUGGUGGUUUAUGGGAGUCGGCUGUCAAGUCUGCAAAGAAGCACCUCUACUGCAUUUCAAAGGGUGUAAUGAUGACAUAUGAUGAAACAACAACCUUAAUUUGUCAAAUCGAAGCGGUUUUGAACUCUCGUCCAUUAACACCAUUGUCUGCAUCUCCGUCUGAUUUCACAGCACUAACACCGGGUCAUUUCCUUGUUGGUGGUCCUCUGAUGUUACCACCAGAACCAGAUGUUUCAAAUGUUCCAUUGAAUCGACUACGCAGAUUUCAGCUAAUGCAAUCACAGAUGCAAGGCUUCUGGAAAAGAUGGUCAUCUGAAUAUCUUCCUCAAGUUCAAAAAAGAGGCAAAUGGACCAAGCCAACAAGAAAUGUGCAAAUCGAUGACCUUGCUAUUUUGAAAGAUGAUUCAUUGCCACCCAUUCACUGGCAUUUAGUACGUAUAAAAAAAACUCACCCAGGACUGGAUGGAAUAGUACGAGCCGCAACUGUCCGUAAUUCUGCUGGCCUAGAGUUCAAGCGUCCGGUGGUCAAGUUAGCUAUUUUGCCUACAGCUCAAGACGAAGAAGACAUCAACAUCAUCGCUUCCACUUUGUAA